AUUGAAUAAAUUCUCUUUUUUUAUCUCAUAUCGCUUUUGUUUAGCUUUUUGUAUCUUUUCGCGUAAAAACGAUGGUAGUUUCGUGUCUUGAGAUUAUCUCUUCAACGUGCACCUGUCAAUAUAAAAAGGCUAGAUUUUAGUUGAAUUUCUCAGUCCCAUUUUAGUUUGUGUAAAAGAAUUAUAAGUUCCGUAUACGUAUUACGAGGUGAUCUUUUCGUUUGUUGAAAAUUGCUGAUAAGUUUCUCUCGAUUAGAAGUGUGGUGAAGUGCUUCUUGUUUCUUCCGGAAUUCUAGAUUCAAGCAAAUAUAAUGAGAAAACGUCUUGUAAUGUUUAUAUCAGUAUUAGUUGUUAGUGAUGCUACCUUGAUGUCUGACGUGCAUGAUUGGAAUUCGUUCAAGGCCGAACAUUCCAAGCACUAUGACUCACUUGCCGAUGAGAUACACCACUUUCGAAUUUUCGUUGAACACAAACACCAAAUCGAUGAACACAAUCUGCACUAUGAGAAUGGAAUCGCUCACUUCAAAAUGGGCCUCAAUAAGUACAGCGACUUGAGACCCGAAGAUUUCAUAGAUAUGAUGAAUGGCAUCAAAGCUGGCACAAAUGUGAUAGACGAAGAUGAGGAAUCAAUACCUUUUGCUGGCCCUACCGAUGUAAAUCUACCAAAAUCAGUAGACUGGCGCACCAAAGGUGCUGUUACUGGAGUAAAAGAUCAAGGAUUUUGCGGUUCUUGCUGGUCAUUUUCAACAACGGGCGCCGUUGAAGGACAACAUUUCCUGAAAACGGGCCAUUUGCUGUCGUUAUCAGAACAGAAUCUAGUUGAUUGUUCGAAAUCGUAUGCCAACUACGGAUGCCGUGGCGGUUGGCCGGAAUCAGCAAUAAAAUACAUUCGCGAUCAUGGAAUCCAAACAGAAGAAUCCUAUCCAUAUCAUGGCUACGAAAAUGUUUAUUGCCAGUCAACUGUGAAGCCGUCUAAUGUUAUUGUCCAUGGAUUCUCACGCAUUCCAAGUGGCAAUGAAGAUGAACUACAAAAAGCUCUUGCUAUCCAUGGCCCGAUUUCGGUUUCAGUAGACGCAAAACAUCCUUCAUUUCAACAUUAUUCGAGUGGAGUGUAUCACGAACUAAAUUGCGGCUCAAGAAUCUUAGAUCUUAGCCAUGCUGUUCUCCUGGUUGGCUAUGGUACAGACGAACAUGAUAGAGAUUAUUACAUUUUGAAAAAUAGCUGGGGACCCAGCUGGGGCGAACAUGGAUAUUUCCGAAUGUCACGAAAUCAGAUGAAUCAUUGUGGAAUAGCGACCAGUGCGGUGUUUCCCAUUCUCUGACUGUAUAGUAACAUAUCUGAUUAUUCAUUGAAUAUAAGAAAUUGAUAUUAUUUCAACAUCAUAACUUUUAAUGAUCUAUCUCCCUUAUAAGAUAAGAAAUAUGUUAGAGUUAGAAAUGGAGCAUUGGUUGAAAUUGUUUUGAGGUGAACAGUUUGGCAUAUGUUCCAAAUAAAAUGUGAUUCAAUGACAAAACGUAUUAUUUGAAUCGAACAAGAAAAGUUUUAACAAAGUAAUGUUCUCGUGCCAAAAGCGAACGCAAAACUGACGAUAUCCAUUUUGGGAAAUAGUUUCGAUGCAAUUGAGUGCAUUUUUGCAUUCAUCAGACUAAUUUCGCUUUCAGCAUGAGAAUUUACUUUGGUUAAGUUUUUUUUCGUUUGAUUUACAUUUAGGUUCUGUGUUCCAAAAUUAAUACCUCUUUGAAAAAAACAUUUCGAAAGUGUAAAAGUGUGAUUUUGGACUGAUCACUUUUUUGAAGUACUUCGAAAAGUUCAAUUUGCUUCUUCUGACAUACUGAACAACCAAAAGACGUUAUGAACAUAUAUGAAAGUAG